AUGAACGCUUUGCCAGAUACGUCAGAAAUGCCGCAAAGGUUGCUUCGAAGACCACGAGAGAUCCGACCCAGUCCCAUGGCUCUCUCGAAACGCAACACCGUGGUCAUGCAUCGUGAAUGGAAGAUGGAAGAGGAGCCGUACUCUGGAAGUGAAUACUAUUCCUCUGGAAGAGAUGGAGAUCAGCUUGUGAUCAAUAUGACUGCCGGGGGCUCCGUUCCAACAAUUAGUUUUACAACGGUGGAAGAGAACACGAUCGAGCUGUUGGUCGUUGUUACUAGGAAAAUGCAUCUCAUACUCAAUGACCGGCUUAAUGAGUACCUUCUCGCCACAAUCGGUUCCGUGGCUCAAAACUUCAAGCACUCCAGUCUAAAAUCCGCGAUUAAAAUCAGCAUAGUGGAUAUUAUUCUCCUUGAUUCAAAUUUUGCACUUAGAGAAGGCCUUGACGAUUGGUCCAAUAAAAAUCACGAGGAAGUUAUGGGCAAAUUUUGUCAUUGGGUAAAUCGGAUUAGGAGACCCACAAUGAAUUGGGACUCAGCUAUUCUCCUCAACGUAGGCAAUUUCAAAACUAUGGCAUUAGGUGUUGCACAUUAUCAAGCUAUGUGCAGUUUGGAGAGCAGUUGUCUCGUAGUUGUCGACAGAGGCUUCGGAACAGCAGACAUUAUCGCCCACGAAAUUGGACAUCAAUUAGGAGCAAAACACGAUUUUGAGGUUGGAUCUGAGUGCGGUUUUGAGGAACAGCCUAGUCGUAAGAGGACAAUGCAAAAGCUCAGUCGUCGAACACAAGAAAAAUAUGACACGACCAUCCAACGCGAUACCGUCAUGUCUGGAAUUCUCUACUUUGAACUUUACCCCUUCCGGUGGUCAGCUUGCAGUCGGCAGAACAUUCAAUUUUUCUUAUCGUAA